UUGUUUCUUUUUUAUUAUUCCUUUCUAUUAUCCUUUCAGUUUGUUAGAUUAAGGCAACGUUAAAUGGAAACAUGUUUGACAUUAUGCAGAUUUUUGGGCUACGGAAAUGUUAGGAGGGUGGCCCGAUCCCUUCAUUCGAACUGGAAGCCUAGCUUCCAAGAAGCAAAUAAUAUUGUGGUGCGUACAAAAGUUGAGUUCCCUUACUCCCUAUAUAAGUUAUGCUCACAGUAUAAACAUUCAUUAAGAGAAGAUACUCCUUUUGCGUUUUACAAAAUAAAGGAAGGAUUAUCAAAGAGUUAUCCGCCUCGGAGCUUCCAUACCCUUUCUUCUAGUUAUGUAUUUUCAGACAAUGCACAAGUUACUUGGAAGAGGCUUUUUCAAUUAUUUUACUAUGAUGGUCCAGCUUUGACGCCAAUAAGUAGAAUUGCCUGUGCAGUGACUUUGGCUUUAAGUAGGUCGAACCUUGUAGUUUCUGCUUUUAUGGCGUUCAUGAUUGGAGAGCUAGCCUGGACCCAACAGAAAUGGGCAGAAGCAGGAGACUUCUCUGCAAAGGAUACUCUUUAUAUGCAAGCACAAAAUGGACGUAUCUAUUUAGCAUCUUUUGUAUUAUUCCUUUGGGAGUUUAUAAUUUUGUUAUUCAGAGCAAUCUAUUUAGCGAUUUUGUUUUUACCCAGCAUAGCAAUGGCUCCCUUUGUGGAUUCUUUAGGUGUUGAAUUCAGAAAAAUGUGGCUUCGUGUUGUCCAUCGUACACUGGAAAAAGCAGGCCCAGCAUUUAUAAAAUGGGGUCAAUGGGUUGCGAUUAGACCAGAUCUGUUUCCUAGAGAUCUUUGUGAUGUACUUGUUCAACUUCAAGCUACAGCUCCAUCACAUAGUUUCUCUUUCACAAAGAAAUCUAUUGAAAAAGCAUUUGGUCAAAAGUUGACUGAAAUCUUUGCAAAUUUUGAAGAGGAACCUUUGGCAUCUGGAAGUAUUGCUCAAGUUCAUAGAGCAACUUUGAAAUAUAGGUACCCUGGUCAACAAACCAAGCCCAUUGUAGUUGCUGUAAAGGUUCGGCAUCCAGGGGUUAGUGAAGCAAUUAGAAGAGACUUUAUGAUAAUUAAUUUUGUAGCUAAACUUUCAAAGUUCAUCCCUACGUUGAAAUGGUUGAGAUUGGAUGAAAGUCUACAACAAUUUGCAGUUUACAUGAUGUCCCAAGUUGAUCUUGCUAGGGAAGCUGCACAUCUAAGCCGUUUUAUCUACAACUUCCGUAGAUGGAAGGAUGUCUCAUUUCCAGAGCCUUUAUACCCCUUGGUACACCCUGCUGUUCUGGUAGAGACUUUUGAACAUGGAGAAAGUGUUUUGCACUAUGUUGAUGAGCUUGAAGGACAUGAGCAGACUAAAAACGCCCUUGCUCACAUUGGGACGCAUGCAUUUUUAAAAAUGCUUUUGGUAGAUAAUUUUAUUCAUGCAGACUUGCAUCCUGGGAAUAUUCUUGUCCGUGUAAAAGAUAGGCGAUCAUGUAAACAUCUCUUUAGUUCAAGGCCUCAUGUUAUCUUUCUUGAUGUAGGCAUGACAGCUGAACUUUCGAAGAUAGAUCGAAUGAAUUUACUGGAGUUUUUUAAGGCUAUUGCUCUUCGAGAUGGUCGCAGUGCUGCUGAGUCCACACUUAGGUUAUCUAAACAGCAACAUUGUCCUAAUCCAAAGGCUUUCAUAGAGGACGUUGAACAAUCUUUCAAUUUCUGGGAUUCCCCAGAUGGUGAGUUUGUCUAUCCAGGCGAGUGCAUACAGCAACUACUUGAGCAUGUUAGACGUCAUAAUGUCAACAUUGAUGGAAAUGUUUGUACAGUAAUUAUUACCACCUUGGUUCUUGAGGGAUGGCAGCGGAAGCUUGACCCUCAAUUGGAUGUGAUGCGCAUGUUGCAGACAGUACUAUUUAAAGUUGACAGGGCUAAGUCUCUACUUUACACCAUUGAAGGACUUAUGGCACCUUAA